AUGUCCAUGCUGAUGAUGCUGAUGAGGGUGAUGGUGAUGGUGAAGGAAACUCAAAACUUUGGCAAAGUGGAAAAGCAGAGAAGGAUGAAGACGACAACAAAACGAAAGAAAUCCCUAGAGUCAGACAACAACAACAUGCUAAAAGAUGGCGUUACCGGUGCGGCCGGUGGAGUUGUGGGCGGAGCCAAUGGUGGAGCUUCAGGGGCAGCCAUGCCCCUCAAAAUGGACCCCUCUAUGGCCCUCAAGUCCGAGUCUGACAUGAAUGAAGAUUGGAAGAAUGAGAUGUGGCAGCAGAGGAAUGGUCAUGUGAUGGAGAACAACGGUGGAGUGCCACAGGGUAUGCCAGAAUUCAACAACAACAGCAAUAAGAGUAAUAAUGGGGGAGCAAGUAGUGAUGUCAGUCGCAUGAAUAUGAUUCUUAAAAAAGGUUCAGACAGUUAG